AUGCGUAGUACUGGAUGGAGGCAGAGAUUGGGCGUAGAGCAGCACUAUCCUGAGUUGCCUCGGCCACGAACUGAAGCAGAACGUCGCAAGUCUGCAGAUGAUGCCCUGCCAAUAUCAGAAGAUCACGGCUUGCUAGGGUUCUUCCACAAAGGACGGAACGAUGAGACCGUCAGCACUGUCCUUGCACCAGACCUUGAAGAAUCACACGGCCGCGCCUGGACCUACCAUGAACUCGUUUUCAAGAGUUUCGAAGACUUGCAUGCUAUCUAUUGGCAAUGUGUACUCGAGAUCAAUCGAAUAGGAUCAAGACAUCUGGAGAUGUCGAGCUUGCGCCUCGGUUAUGGUGAGCAGGAGAAUCAAGAGCGUGCUCGAGCAGUGAAACGAACCAUGUUUACUAUUCGAAAAGUCCUACUCGCCCGGCAGCAAGCUUACGAUGAAGCUCAACUUCUUGUUCAGCAAGAGGGCCUACUUGAAUUAGAUGAGAAGCUUGAUAAGAUGCGGUUCGAUCAGCCAAAAGAGACGUCAGCAGAACAUCAAUCCCAGUCAGAAACGACGCACUGA